AAUGUGGACGAGGAGCGUCUUCUUCCAUCAUGGACGUCUCGCCAAGGGAAAUGUGACAACAACAAACAGCUAAAGGCCUUGAAAAAACAUCGUAAUAGUGCAUGUGCGUAGGCUAUUACCUGGGUUAUUUCUACGGGAACAAGUUGGAGAUAUUCCGUGAUUUUGUCCCUCACCCUGUCGCUGUUUUUUAUCCCGCUGCUUGUACUCGGUCCUGCCCACGCCUCCCGAUGAGUGCUGAUUCCUCCCGGUGCCGGUCGGAGCGCUAUGCCUGACCGGGACAGCUCCUACCUGUCUGGCGGCAGCAGCGGGGGGACUCUGGGCGACGAGGGGGGUCCUGUGUCGGGGACGGGGGGGUCCGGACCAGCCACGGGCUCUGGGGUGGGGGGUGGAGGGGCGCUAGGCAACGGGAACAACUGUAGCAAUGGAGAAAGCAGAGGCCAAAGCACCGGGCAAGGACUGGACGGAGUUUGUAGAGACUUCAUAAGGAAUGUUUGCAAGAGGGGUAAACGCUGUCGAUUCAGGCAUCCCGAAAUCAAUAAAGUAACCGAUUUGGGCGUGCAGAAAAAUGAGUUUAUUUUCUGCCACGAUCAUCAAAAUAAGGAAUGUCUUCGCUCAAACUGCCGCUUCGUCCACGGCUCAAAAGAUGACGAAGAUUACUAUAAGAAAACAGGAGAAUUGCCUCCGAGAUUGAGAGGCAAAGUAGCGGCCCGGCUUGGUUUGUCCCCUAUGGAUCUCCCCCAUAGCCGUGGCGAAGUCCCUAUUUGCAGAGACUUUCUGAAAGGAGAGUGCCAAAGGGGAAACAAGUGUAAAUUUCGCCACGUUAAAAAGGACUUUGAGUACGAUACAAGCAGAGUAGGGGGCGCCAUUGGGUCCGCCGCUAGUAUGAUGGUGAAUGGCGUUGGUGGGAUGGGAGGAGUCGGAGGCGGGACUUAUGGCGGAAUGCAGGGAUUGGUUGGAGGAAGUGCCAAUAACAUAAUGGGAAUGGGGUGUGCAAGUAUGGGUGGAUGCAGGGACCCGGCUAUGUCAGGAGUUGGUGUAAGUGGAGGAGGCAUGAGUGGGUGUUUGUCAUUAAGUUCAUCAGGACAAAGACGAUACGAUAGAAGCUCUGUGUAUGACCCGCUAUUAGAAAGUAGCCUGUUUGAUGCUGGUUCGUUGGAGGCUUCGAUGGACCAUGCGACUCUGCAGAUAAAGAGGAGGAGGUUGGAUGGGUUGAGGCUGAGCGAUGGGACCAGCGGGGGGCACUAUGACCUGGGGGUGCAGGCCGCGUUACAGCCGAGGCCUCUGGAGUACAGGUUUCUGGAGGAGGAGAAUGCUCUGCUGAGGAAGAGAGUGGAGGAGCUCAAGAAACAGGUCUCAAACCUCAUUGCCACCAAUGAAGUCCUUCUGGAGCAGAAUGCCCAGUUUCGCAGCCAGGCCAAAGUCAUGACCCUCUCUUCCACCCCGGCCCCCUCAGAGCAGAGCAUGGCACCCCCUGUUGGCGCUGUGAGCUCCUACAACCACAGCAUCGCUCAGACCCACACCACUCUGAGCAGCGCCGGACUCCAACCGCGCCCGGUCACCCAACAAGACCUGGUAGCUCCCACGGGUGCUCCGACGGCCCCACCCACAAAUGCAGCUCCGCCCACCGCCCCUCCCCCUCACAUGAAUCCAGAGAUCACGCCCAUGUCUGCUGCUCUGGCUCAGACCAUCGCACAGGGCAUGGCUCCUCCCGUCUCCAUGGCGCAAGUAGCCGUUUCCAUAGCACCCGUAGCCGUGUCGAUGACCCAGGCUCUUCCAGGUAUCACCAUGAGUCACGCCACGACCCCCAUGGUGUCCUACCCCAUCGCCAGCCAGAGCAUGAGGAUAACCACUCUGCCACACUGACACUGAAACAGUCAGUGUGGAUUUUAGUGUGAGAAUUAUCGUUUUAUCUAUAGUUUUUCUUAAUGACUGGCUCAUUUGGUGACUCAGGAAAUUACAAUGGCUGUAAUUACUCAGCUAAUAGUCUGUCCUCUGCAAUAGGUCUACAAGAUCAAUCAGAAACAAAUUGAAAUUGCAGUUCGAAUGGACGCUAUUAACAAACCGUCAAGGCUGCAGUUUUAGAAGCGCUAUCAUUUCCCCCACAGGCAACAAACACCUAAUUCUGCAUAAAAACUGCUAACCCUGCAGUUUAGAUCUGUGCAAACAUGUUCUGAUGUUCAAGUUCAUAUUUCAGUCUUUCUGUCAAUUCUCCUAGACAUGUUUAAAAUGUGAACUUUGAACAAAAUCCUAUUAUUAAAACAAAAAUAAAGCUCUAAUCUUAUCACAACGCUUAUCAGAAAAUUCACAAUUAAAGAUUUUUCCCAAACUGUUCAACAGAAACAACAAUACAAACAACAAAAUAUCUUCUAAAGUGGUUCAUUCUGAUUUGAAAACAUAUAUUGGGCAAAUUGAAUCCUUAUUUCAAUCCCAAUACUUAUUUGCAAAAAUCAUCAUUCAUUUUUCAUUUCAUAGUGGGUUUGUUUGAUCAUAGAUUUUAUUUUAUAUGUUUUCUGGUUUGUGUGAUAAGGUAAAAGUGGGAUGUUAUGCAGUCUUUCUGUCAUGUCAAUUCUAUAAUUACUGAUUACUUGGUCUAAUUAUGUUACAUACUUUAAAUGGUUUCACAAAAUGAGUCAAAGUCAUUGGAAAAACUCUGAAAUCGGUGGAUCAACAUGGAUACAACUUGAAACAAAAAUCUACUUUUCACGUUUGGCCUCUAGAGGGCAGCAGGAGAACACACAAAACCUCCUCGUUGAUGUUAGAUUUGAAGGAGCGAACUUUUCCCAGCCAUGGACACAGUUGUUGGCAGAAGUCUGUGUACCAAAGGGAAUUUAAAUGACAAUAAACGUGAAUGAAAACUUUUAACUGAAGAACCUGCUUUUCUCUAGUGAACUGUGUACAAAUAAAGACUGAACACUUCAGUUGUGUUUAAAAUAUA